AUGGCUUCUCACGAGGACACCUACAGCUUUAAGGUUCAUUUCCAACAAAGUUCCUGUGACUUCACAGACUCUGAAUUUGUAGCCACAGCCGAGGGUCAAAAUAAUACGACUGAGGAAGCAAGCAAGGGCUGGAGAAAGAGCGAUGGACAGCAAGAUGAAGACUCUUCGGCGACCUACGUGAAGGCGAUCGAGGGCAUCCUGGAAACAUCGACGCCAGAAGAGGAGGCCACUAGUACAACAUGGAGCACAGGGCAGCAUCCCAGCCCUGAAGGACCGGCCUGGGCUCUUUCCUUCUCUGCUUCUCCUCAAAUAAAGGAAACGUCAGCCCCAGAGGUCACAGCGGAGAAGAUCGGGAUCAGCGAUUUCUCUGACAGCAGAGCGAUGACAUAUCCCGAGGACAAACCCCGUGAGAAGCUACUCGGUGACCGAAGGGUAUUCCUUUUUGAAAAAGGCUCUCCAGCCCUACAAUUUCCAGAUAGACAUGACUAUCCUUCAGAAAACCAAAAGCACACAGAAAGGAGUGUGGUAACUGAGCGCGCUUCUUCAGGAAGUGGCUGGUCUGAUGUGGGUGACGUCUCCUCAUUCACAUUACCUCAGGAGGAGCCACUCCCAUCCUGCCUCUCCAGUAUUUCAACGCCUUCAUCCUUCACAAUUGACCAGGCCACGUACUGGCCUAAUUUGUACGGUGGUCCUUGGCAGAACCCUGGCAGCUCCUGGACCAGCAGCUCCACGCUUCCUUUAUAUCCGUCCUUGGGCAGCGGCAGCGGCAGCAGCUUCCACGCAGUGGCGAGCAGCCAGAGCCUCUGGAGGGAUUUUUCCUUCAGUUCUACAGUGCGCUCCCCAGACUGGUCCAGAGACCUGAAGGCGGCAGGGGAAGAUCAGUCUCCAAAUCCUCAUUCACUUUGUUUCUCCAGAAGUUCAGAAGCAAAGGUGAAGGAGUGGAGGCAGCGACUCCGAGAGGAGAUACCGUCAAGUCCUUGGGGAGAUUCUGUGUCUUAUUCCCGGCCAAAGAGCCAAUGGGAGCAGAGCCAGCAGGAGGGUUUCAUCGACACCCACUGUCACCUGGACAUGCUCUACUCCAAGCUGUCUUUCAAAGGAACCUUUGAAAAGUUCAGAAAAAUUUAUAGCCGUUCCUUCCCUAAGGAAUUUCACGGCUGCAUCUCUGAUUUCUGUGAUCCUCGCACACUAAGGGAUGGCCUAUGGGAGGAGCUGCUGAAAGAGGAUCUGAUCUGGGGGGCCUUCGGCUGUCACCCUCAUUUUGCACGUUACUACAAUGAGAAUCAAGAGAGAAGCAUUUUGCAAGCCCUACAGCACCCCAAGGCUGUAGCCUUUGGAGAAAUUGGCUUGGAUUACUCUUACAAGUGCACCACACCUGUCCCUCAGCAGCACAAGAUAUUUGAGAGACAGCUGCGGCUGGCUGUGUCUCUAAAGAAGCCCAUGGUGAUCCACUGCCGAGAAGCUGACAAAGAUCUGCUGAGCAUCAUGAAAAAAUUCGUGCCCCCUGAUUACAAGAUCCACAGGCAUUGCUUCACUGGCAAUUACUCAGUCAUCGAGCCCCUUCUGGAGUACUUCCCCAACAUGUCUGUGGGCUUCACAGCUGUCCUGACUUACUCUUCUGCCUGGGACGUACGGGAGGCUCUGAAGAAGAUCCCGCUGGAGAGAAUCAUCGUGGAGACAGAUGCUCCCUACUUCCUCCCUCGUGGUGUUCCCAAGAGCCUGUGCCAGUUUGCCCACCCAGGCCUGGCCCUGCAUACCAUUCGGGAGAUUGCCAAAAUCAAAGAUCAGCCAGUCUCCCACAUCUUGGCCACCUUACGCAAGAACACUACUCGCCUCUAUAAUAUUUAA